UUUACCAUUUUUGCAGGAAUCAGGAUGAAAUCCACCUUCGCUUUCCUCCUCCUCAUGUCAGGAAUGGUGACAAACAUCGAACCAACACCUGAAACCGUGCUUUAUCCCUACGGUCUGGACCAGGGUGACCGUAAAAACCCCAAACUGGAUGAUGGGACAUCCAAGAGGCUGCCCCUCUCCGUGCCCUUCACUUUCUAUGGCAAAGAGCACCAAACCCUUUUCGUGAACAACAACGGCGUGAUUUCCUUCGACACCCAGGUCAAACAAUACACCCCAGACCCCUUCCCCCUCGCCGACGGGCGUCCCUUUGUGACACCGUAUUGGGGCGACGUGGACAACGUGUUGGGUGGGGAGAUCUUCUACCGCCAGACCACCGACCCGGCGCUGCUCAAACUCAUCACCCAAAACAUCAACCAGUAUUUCCCCAAUAUCCCUUUCACCGCCACGUGGGCUUUCGUGGCCACCUGGGACCACGUGGCCUAUUACGGCUCCACCAGCAAUAAGGGGAACACCUUCCAGGCCACCCUCACCACCGACACCAACAGAUCCUUCAUCAUCCUCAACUACAAGGACAUCCAAUGGACCACAGGGGUAGCAAGCGGCGGUGACCCCAAAACUGGCCUUGGAGGCACCCCGGCCCACGCCGGCUUCAACAGCGGAGAUGAAACCAACUACUACAACAUCCCCGGCUCCCGCACCGAAGCUGUCAUCAACAUCACCAAAACCUCCAACGUCGACGUGCCAGGACGUUGGGUCUUCAGAGUGGACGUCUUCGAGGUGAUCGAGGUACCCACCGAGAAGCCCAACGCUGCCGCCGACAAGAGGUGCUGGCUGUGAGUUGGAUUUCGGAGGGGGAAAAAAAGGACGGGAAGCGAGACGGCGCAAAAAAACCAAAACAACGAAGUGGUUUUGGCUCUCUCCCCAUUUCUUGGUUUCUUCCUGCGGAUCGGUCAUCAUCACGGACCCCCUUUGACCCCAUCCCUACGGCCACUCCUUCAAACGCGCUAACAACCUCUGCCAGAGCAAUAAAACUGCAGCUGAGACGUCGUG